AAGAAGCAUAACUUCCGCUUUGUUGUUAUAGACUCAAAUGCUAAAUUAUCAGUAUGAGACUGAUAGCCUUUCAAAGGCUCUACAAUUUUAUUGAUGUUAUUCUCGCUUAUUGUCAAAUUGGUUGAUUGAUCUAGAUCUAAUAUUGUAAUUUAUUGACAAGUAGAUAAGAUUGGCUCAACUUAACCGAAAAGUCUGCCUAAAGAAAAUGCUACAACCUGGCUAUUUGAUUCUCCAUGACUGGAUACGAUCUCAUGAGGGAGUAGACAUUCUGAGAAAUUUAUCUUCCAUCAAUGGCCAGCACCUGCGACCUUAUGGUUUACUGGAAAGGCCAAUGUUUCCUUCUAAUAUAUCUCUCGAGAAUGUACAUUACAAAAUAGUUGUUGUUGGUAAAAGUGGAGUUGGUAAAACUAGUACUAUUGCAAAACUUUCUGGACACCCUAUUCCAAGCAUCCACAGUGAAACAGCAGGUAUUCAAGUGACAAAAAUGUAUUGGCCAGUGAAAAUAGCCCAUUUGAACAAAGUGGUUCUCAUGAAUUUAGAAUUGUGGGACACAGGAGAAAUCGCUCUAAAAAAAUUUGAUCACAUUUCACCAGCCUGCAAAAGUGGAGUAGAUGGCAUUCUCUUUUUAUUUUCAUUUGUGGACAAAGGUAGUUGGGAUGAAAUUCCGAAUUUAAUCUCCAGGCUCACAGAACCUAAUGACAAACUUGCAAAACUAGUCAUUGGUACAAAAUUUGAUCAGUUUUCUCACAGUGAAGUGAGCCAGAGAGAGCUGAGGGAGUUUGAAGUCCGAUGGCAGAUUCCAUUGAAGACAGUGUCCAAUAUAGUGUCUACAGAGUCCAGCAUCAAUGACAUUGUCCCUGUGUUGAACUGCCUGUGUGAACAUUUGUGUCACAGAGAUGUGCUGGGGGAAGAAGCUAAAUGAGGUGCCAUUGUGUUCAGAUAAACCAAUGUCUUUAUUUAUAAAAUGUGCUGAUUGAUGUAAAAAUGUGCUGAUUGAUGUAUAGACUUAUUUGUACAGUAAACAUUACUUUUCUUAUUAUACAUGAAAUGUAAUGCUUUGUUGUUGGGGGUGGGGUUGUUACAUAAAUUCAGAAGGAAAUAAAAAGAUUUGUACAAAGAUAAAAAAAAAACUUGUUCUCAGCUUUACAAGGUAA